GGAAGUGGGCGGUUCUAAGUCGCGGGUGUCUUGGCUUAUUUCCGGUAGGAUCGGUGGUCCUGCGGCUGAAGCGGUGCGAAACCGGCGUUGUUGUAGAGAGCUUUUCCAGGAGUGAGCAGACAUGGCGGCGGCAUUUCGGAAGGCGGCUAAGUCCCGGCAGCGGGAACACCGUGAGCGAAGCCAGCCUGGCUUUCGAAAACAUCUGGGCCUGCUGGAGAAAAAGAAAGAUUACAAGCUUCGUGCAGAUGACUACCGGAAAAAGCAAGAAUACCUCAGAGCUCUCCGGAAAAAGGCUCUGGAAAAAAAUCCAGAUGAAUUCUACUAUAAAAUGACCCGGGUUAAACUCCAGGAUGGAGUUCAUGUUAUUAAAGAGACGAAGGAAGAAGUAACUCCAGAACAGCUGAAGCUAAUGAGAACUCAGGAUAUCAAAUAUAUAGAAAUGAAAAGGGUUGCAGAAGCAAAGAAAAUUGAAAGACUAAAAGCAGAGCUCCAUCUGCUGGAUUUCCAGGGGAAGCAACAGAAUAAACAUGUGUUUUUUUUUGACACCAAAAAGGAAGUUGAACAGUUUGAUAUUGCCACUCACCUGCGAACAGCCCCAGAACUGGUUGACAGAGUCUUUAACAGGCCCACGAUAGAGACCUUGCAGAAGGAGAAAGUGAAAGGAGUUAACAAUCAAACUCGACUUAAGCGGAUAGCGAAAGAGAGGCAGAAGCAGUAUGACUGCCUGACACAGCGGAUUGAGCGUGAGAAAAAAUUGUUCGUUAUUGCACAGAAAAUUCAGACUCGCAAAGAUCUUCUGGAUAAAACUCGGAAGGUGAAAGUGAAGAAAGAAACAGUGAACUCCCCAGCUAUUUACAAAUUUGAGAGUCGUCGAAAACGUUGAGGUGUUAUAAGCCUUGUCAUUCCACAUGGAACAGAGUUUACAUUUUCUUUUCCCAGUAACUUCAAAUUCCAUUGGUCUAAGUGACUUGGUUUUUCCUGUUUGUAACCAUAAUUUUUUUGCAGAUUUGACAUUUGAUACGAACAACAUUAAAGCCCCUCCCCCCAUCUGAACUGUGGGUUAUUGAAUUCAGUCUUUUUUUUGGGCUGAGCCGUGCAGCUUCUCGGAUCCCAGCUUGCCUACUAGGAUCAAACCCAGGCCCAGGGCAAUGAAAGUGCCAAAUUUCAAUCACUGGACCACCAUGGAACUCCCUGACACCGGUCUUAUUUUUAUAUACUUCCAUUUUUUUCAUUUUAUAAGGAGUAUAAUCUUUUAUAUAGCAAAUUUGGCAAACAAAUGAGUUCAUCCCUAAGCCCAAUACUUAUUCAAGGACAGCAGAUAACUUUUGCAUAUACUUACAGGCUAGGACAUCAGGGGAGUUGGGGUGAACAACUACCAAUAGCAUCCUGGUUUAUUUCCUCCAUUUUGUGAAAGUUAGCACUGUUGUUGGUUUUUGUGUUUUGGGGUUGUAAUUAAACACUUUUAUGGCCUA